GUAUGAACCACCAGUCCUAUCCACACAAACUCAUCCUGAGGAUACAGAACAAGGACAGAGGAAACAGAGGCAUAUUCUGAAAAGGAUGAGACCGUACUGAGGGAGACUAUCUACAAAAGAGGCUGCAAGAAUUAGGUUCAACCAAUGGAGGAUAUGGACGACAGCAUUUCAUCCACUGGGUUCGAGCCUCUCUUCAUCAAAGAAGAGGCUGGGGAGCCAGACAGAACCCUCGUAGUUCAAAGAGAGCGCAGCACGCCACAAUCUGAACUCACCUUCACAGAAACACAACUGAAUCAAACUGCUUUAAUCAAGCCAUACCUACAAGAGAUGGACGACUUACUAAAGAGCUGCGAGGACCUUACAGGAAUCCCUUUCGGCUCGCGCUUCUCAGAAAGUUACACAGAAACAAGCCUGAGCGAAUCAACUCACAGCCAGAGCAAAGAGGAGGUUACAAUGGAGAGCUACAGAGAGACAAGUGUAUCUCCUCAUGCCUAUCUUUCCACAAGCUACAUGGACACACACAUGGAUGGGGCUGGAGCAGAUGAGCAGCCAGCGCAAGAACAGUUGCAAGGCAUGGGCACCACCAUCAGCAAGCAAGAAGUGUCUCCGCAGCCAGAAAUGCCUGUAACCUUAGCGGGCAGCAAACUGAGCAACGCUAUGGUGCAGUAUGAGGGCCACCUGCUGGGAAUGUUGUCCAUGCUGGAAAGCUGUAUGGAGGAGGCCGGAAUGGACUUUGAGCCACAAGACUGGGAGACAGAUGCAAGUCAAGAAUAUGUGCACAUCAGUAAGAAUCCUAAUCUUAAUAGAGGGACAACACUGGUGCCCAUUCAGCAGACGAUGCCAGUGAAGCUGGAGACCCAGUCGACGCAGUUAGAGUCCUUGGCUGUUAAACACACAGGAGGAGAUUCAAUGUCCGAGGACAGUAGUAAUGGAAUGACAGUGGGUUCAACAACCAAUGGAAGCCAGCAGAAUCACUUACUUUGCUGUGACAACAUGCAAAGGCUGGAAGGGUCAGGAGUAAUGGAUCAGGGGUUUCUUGAUCCACACCUCAGUUUUUUAAGGUCAUCAGACCUAUCAGAUUGUAAUGAAAAUUAUCCAAUGGACUGUGAAGGGACAAAGACACAAUGCAUGUCUCAGGAAAGCACAGAAAGACAGGUAGACAUAUCUGAGACUGAAAUCGAUGACACUGAAAUGCCAGCUGAAGAAAGACAAGAGCUCAAAACGGACACCGUUUUUCUGAAAACUGGUAUGUUUGAAUUAGGGGAGUUGGGGUCUCAUAUGGAGGAGUGCAUACAGGAAGUACAGCGCUUAGAGGAGAGGAGAAAGCAGCUGUUGGCGGAGGUGCUGGAGUUGAGAGGGAAUAAAAACAGAGAGGAAGAGGCAGAGGGGAGAAAUGAUGAGGAAGAAGGGACAGAAGAGCAAAUAGACAGCAAAGUGGCAAUGCUGAUGGAUAUACUGAAGAGUGAGGAAGAGGGAAGGAGAGAGGAAAGAAAGAAGGAGAUACAGAGCCUCAGGGAGGAGAGAGCAGAAGAGGAGAGGAGGAUGUGGAAGGUCAACCUGGAGAGACAGGAGCUGCAGGAGGAGCUCAGGAAGCUGAAAAUGCGGCUCUUCGCCAUGGUCAGGGACUGUACCCACAGUCAGGCUUCUCUGAACAACCAGCGCCGUGAGGUGGAGCUGCUAAAGAGAGAGGAGGAGAAGCUGCAGGUGCUGGUGCUCCAGCUGACAGAGGAAAGCUGCCACCUCAGGUCGGGCCAACAACAGCAGCUCUUGCAUCUCCAAACACAGAUUCAAGCCCAGACCUCCAGUCAGAACUCCAACACCCAGCAGGAGCUGACCGAGUGCAGGAGGCAGUCCUGUGGGGACAUCCAGCAGUAUCUGCAGGGUGGACUAAGAGCCCUGGAGCACAGGUAUGAACCCAUUUUGCUGGCAUUGCUGAAGAGGAGAGAGGCCACAGCUGGAGCGCUGGUGAAGGCCAAAGAGCAGGGCCAGGAACUGAGGGCGCAGCUGAGACCCCUGAGGGAUGAGAUCCAAAAGUUGAAGCUCCAGAGGUCUUGUUUGGAGGAGAAACUUAAACUAAUCCACAUACAUCGCAGAGAGGAUGCAGGCCGGUACAAGGAGACAGUGUGCUGUCUGGAGGAGAGCAGCAGGGAACUGAAGACUGAGUUAAAGAUUCAGAAGAAGAAAACCAAAGACAUAGAGGAGUUGAGAGACAGACUCACAAAACAACUGCUGCUUUACAGGGCUGCCAUUGAGGACCAUAAUGAGUGUGACCAUGAACAGGAAACAUGAUUUUUAAAUGAAGAGCAAACCUGUGUGCAGUUCUGUGAUUUAAUAACAAACAAAUAUUUUUUUUUAUCUGCAACAUAGUGAUUGCAAAGUUACUGCUAAUGCACUUUACACAUAUUGAGACAUGCACUUGUUAAAACACAAAACAACAAUGACAAAGUUUUUCAGAACAGUCUGUAAAGAUGAACUAGACUGCUGCUUGUAGAAAGGUUUCUUAUUAUAAAUAAAGGCUUCUCGUAAAGUCA